AUGAAGAGAUUCGAAAGUCGGUUCCACCAGAAGACGUCGGCGAAUUCCUCUUUACCAGCUGUCGAUUGGCUUUACUGGAAGAUUCAUGCUGAUGCUGUUUCCGAGGCAAUCUCCUUCGAUUCCGGUGAACACGUGCUGAGCUUUCGUCCGUCAUAUGACGGACGAAAGCUCAGCACGUGUUCACCGGAAUCGAAGGAGAUUCCCUCGGAAACAGCGUCAGCAUGA